AUGACGGAUCCCGAUGUGGAGCAGCCCGAUUGGGAGCUCUCGAAGGAGAAUUUCCAGCCCUUGCGACAGGGGCGGAAGGGGGCAGGCCUGAAAGACAACACCGAGGAGCUCCGAUCCGCCAACUUGGACGCUGUCAAGAGGCAGUUCUGGCAGGCGAUUGCAGAUGACGAGAGCGACGAUCCUCUGGCAGCGUGGCAAAGGUUCAUCGACUGGACACGGGAGACUUAUACCGCUGGCGGUCACAAGGCGGAGCUGAUCCCACUGCUGGAGCGCUGCACCUCGACCUUACAAUCCGACGAGCGGUACCGCAACGAUCCACGCUUCCUCCGCAUCUGGAUCCUAUACGCGGACUGCCUGGCGGAGCCGGAGGACGUCUUCUCCUUCCUGGCACAGAACGACAUCGGGCAGGGGCACGCACUCUUCCACAUCGCCCACGCCACCUGCCUGGAGCUUCGGGGCGCCUUUGGCCGCGCUGACGCCGCGUACCUGCGUGGCAUCGACCUACACGCAGCCCCACUGGAGCGGCUGAAGGCCAAGCACACCGAGUUCCAGUACAGGAUGGUGGGUGCAGGGUGGUACGGGGCACGAAGGAUCCAGCGGGAUGCGGCGGCCUCCGCCACGGCCCUCGGCCCCGUAGAGACCGGCGCCGCCGCACCUGCCCGCCGCUUCGGCCAGGCAGUCGGCGCCCUUGGGGGCGCUAGGCCACCGGGAGGCAGGCCGGCCUUUGCGCCCCUGGGCAGGGCGGCAGCGGCGGCAGCUGGUCAGGUCCGUGGCGGGCCGGCGGCCGGUGCUGCGCCCCUCAGCGUCCUCGCCGAUGAGCCGGGAGCGCCGGCCUGCCCAGGCCCCUCCCUGACGGCCCGGAAGGAAAACACCCAGGCCGCUCUGCCCUGGGUGGGGCAGCGUCUGGAGCAGGACGGCAGCGCGGCAACGGAGCCCGCCCCCGCCCUGGAGGUCUUCGCCGACCCCGAGCUUGAAGCCAGCCAGGCGCAGGACCGGCAGCGGCUGCUGGGGGUCCAGCAGGGAACGCUGCGGGAUCACCUGGAAGGAAAGCGGGGUGCCGAGGCUGGCCUGCACCCGUCUACCUCCAGCAUCGCCGCGCCUGGAGCCUCGGACCCCCUGCGCCUGCACAAGCAAAACCUGGAGCGGGGCAGGGCGCAGGGCGCGAGGCCGGAGGAGGUGCUGGCCUGCGACACGCAGCUGCUGCGGGGCCCUGAUGGCGCUAGCAUAGACAGCGCCUGUUGGGCAGAGCCGCCGGCCAUCCAUCCAGCCCUCGUGGGCGUCGUGGCUGGCUCACAGCAGGCAUCGGAGCGCGAAUCUUCCCCGGACACGAGGAGGCAAGCCUUCAAGUUGAGGCGGCAGCGCAGGUCCAGCAUCAUGCCUGGGCUGCGGGGCCGGGAGCCCACCAUGACCAUCGCCACCGCGGGGGCGUUUGCCGCCAUGGGCAGCUACUUUGAGCCGCCCAAUGCAUUUGGCGGGGACCCAACCAUGACCAUCUCCACGCAUGCUGCGUUCCAGGCAGUGAACGACAUGUUUGCAGGCGACUGGGACCGCGCAUGGGAGAUAUUCGAGACCACAUACCCGGUGGAGGGCGACGACAUGCCUGGCGUGCUGGACAUCAUGGCCCUGGACUCGGAAGCCGAGGAGAAGGCAGCCCGGCGCCAGCGGGAGCUGGACCUCCAGGAGGAAGCUGCUGCCAGCCACGUGCGUGUUGUUGACCACCUCGGCCGAUCGCAGGCCACCGGCAAGCGCAAGACCUCCAUCGCGAGGGUCUGGAUCUGGGAGGGCCAGGGGCACAUGAUGGUGAACAAGCAGCCCUACGACCAGUACUUCAAGACCUUGCCGCGGCGCAACGACGUCAUCACACCCUUUGCGGUGACCAACACGCUGGGGUCCUUUGAUGUCAUGGUCAAUGUCAUUGGUGGAGGCACGACCGGGCAGUCCCAGGCUGUGCGGCACGGCAUUGCCAAGGCGCUGCAGUUUUUUGACCCCGCGCACCGUCCGGAGCUCAAGUCUGCAGGUCUCUUGACGCGCGACGCGCGUGUGGUGGAGAGGAAGAAGCCCGGAAGGAAGAAGGCGCGAAAGGCAUUCCAGUGGGUCAAGCGAUAG